ACAUGUUCCACCCAAGGUCUCAGUCCAGCUCCUUAGCUCUACUCCUGACUUUCGUCCUGGCUUCCGUCGGCGUUCAGGGGGACUACGAUUGGUAUGGCGAUUAUUCGGGCUCUGAACUGGACUACGUCUUUGCGGAUGUCAACUACGACGCAGUGUGCCCACCAGGUGGUUAUGCUGUCUGCGCCACCGAUGGCUAUACCUACCAUCCGUUCUCGAGCAAGUGCCGCCUGGACUCACAGAACUUGAAACUGUUGUUUGCCGGAAAGAAGGAACUCGCCCAAACUGACCUGAGCUACUGUCCCUCGUAUCCCCAGCAACCGUAUGGUCCGCCUGCUCCUGCUCACGGCUAUCAUCCGAAGCCAGUUCAGAAUUAUGCCCCGGUUCGGUAUUCCUCAUCGUCUGGCCAGAAUUCGUAUGCCUAUGCCGCUGCCAGUGGGCCCUAUGGCGCCAAGGCGGUGGCUGAGGCUCCGGGUCCGUAUCCUGUGACUUCUCCCUCCUAUUCCGUCUCGUAUCCCGCCGCUCCGGCUGCCUAUGCCCCGCCCCCUGCCAAAUACCCCUCCCCGCCCUCGUCCUAUCCCGUUUAUGCCAAACCAGUGCCGGCCUAUGCUGCUGUUUAUAGUUACGCUGGCACCACCAAGGCGCCAUCUACCGGAACGACUACGACGUCCGCCACUACAGGCACCACAAAAGCCAACAGAUACCCUGGAUACCCCACCAAAUACGCAACCAUCACAGCGGCAACAACCACAGCAGCAACAACUAUUGUAGCAACAACUACGGCAGCAACAACAACUGCAGCAACCACUAAGGCAGCAACCACUACUGCAGCAACUACUACGGCAGCAACAACAACUGCAGCAACCACCAAGGCAGCAACAACAACUGCAGCAACCACCAAGGCAGCAGCAACUACCGCAGCGACAACUACUGCUGCAACAACUGCAGCAGUAACAACUGCAGCAGCAACAACUGCAGCAGCAACAACUGCAGCAACAACUACUGCAGCAACAACUGCUGCAGCAACAACAGCAGCAACAACUACUGCAGCAACAACUGCAGCAGCAACAACUGCAGCAACAACUGCCGCUCCUUCUAACCCCUAAUUAAAAGGAAAAUUCUAUCGAUCGCCAACACCAAUGAGCAACGCACUCGAAAGUCCAGGAAAACCACAGAACAACCGCACGAAGACAAGACCAAACGAAAUAAUAAUUUUGACCACAGCAAUAUGUAGAGUGUUCCAUUUUAGCCACAAUAAAGCAAUCAGU